GAGGGAGGAUAUUUUAAUCCAGAGCAGAUCAUAUCCGAAUCGAAACUUGAGCGAGAAUCAACCCCAGCGGACUCAGUUUCUAAGUUCUUCGAUUGGGGUUUCGUGGAAUAGAAUCCACCGUCCGAUCACAGGUUUUGCAGAGACAACUCAUUUUACCGUUAAUGGCUCGCGACGCAUGAGGGAUGGUCAAAAUUGGGUAACGGAAGGAAAUUCACAGAGGGGAAGGAGCCGUUUCUUAGAAGAUCACUGUGUUGCUGUGAUCCAUAUUCGAAAAUUGGCUUUUGAGUUAUCAUUCGCAGUUUGCCCUACAUUUUCGAUUUCGAUUCCCGCCCCAACUGCUAGUAAUUGUCGUAUAUUUCUUAUUGAUUUUAUUGACUCUGUAGUUGUGUGACUGGUAGUUACGCACGUAAUUCUCGAUUUUCACCUCGAAUCCAGCGGCUCGCCUCCUCGAGGAGUUUCUGUUGCUUUUCAUCGGUCAUUGGCUCGUGAAGCAGGGAGGAAAAGAAAGAGGAAGGGAUUGGGAACAAAGGAGCUCGGCUGGGUUUUAUUUAUCUCCCCGUUAAUCUUUAUUGAAAUCUUCGAUCAAAUUGGUAGGUGUUGGACGAGAUUUUGUGCUUUCCGUGAUAUGGGUUUUCAGUUUUCCAAGAAAAAUUGAAAACCCAUUGACGGAUUACUGGAUUUCGAGGCAAAAUGAGGGAAUUGGAGUAAUCUUGUGACGAUAAGCAGCUAAUUAUGGGGACUUUUCUUAGCGGGUUUGUCUUGCCUUUGCUGCUUUUAGCAGCCGCCUUACUGAAUUGGAGUUUGAUAUCACUUUUUGAUAUGUUAGCUUUUCUCCUCAUUCGGUUCGCUGCUCCAAAAAGAGGAUUUCGUUUUCGAUGGAGAUUUCCCUUAUUGUGGUCAGUUUUCAUAUCUUCGCUACUUGUUAUUCUUGUACAAGUAAUAUUUCUUAUUCUAUUGGGUAUCAAGGAUGAUAACUGGAGUGUAGCUGAUGCCUGGUGGGCAAAGCUAUUUGGAUUGAUGAAGUUUCACUCUUGGAGAUCUCCCCUAGUAAUUUAUUUCUUGGUUGUAAAACUAUUGGUGGCUUUUGUUGCUUCUUUUGAAAUCUGGGGGGAUAAUUUUGGCAUAUCUCCACCUCAAGGUUCAUGUUGUGGACAUCUCUCUUCUGUUAUGGAAAAUAUAGGUUCUUCUUUUAGGGUUGCUUCCUGCUUGCUGUUACCUGCCAUUCAACUUCUUGUUGGAAUUAGCAACCCUUCUUGGGUUUUUCUGCCAUUUUUCAUUUGUAGCUGUGUUGGUCUUGUGGAUUGGUCUUUGACAAGCAAUUUUCUUCGCCUUUUCAGGUGGUGGAAGCCUCUUUGGUUGUAUGCAGGUUUCAACAUUUUCCUGCUUUAUGUGUAUCAGCUCCCCAUUCAUACCCCAGAUAUAUCACAAAGGAUUGCUGGAUUCAUUGGUCUGUACAAAAUAGGCGCUGAAUCUGAGUUUCCAGAGAUUUGUUCUGCACUUUCUCUUAUUGUGUUCUACUUCAUGCUAUCCUGUGUCAAACGUGAUUUGGAGGAAAUGAAUUUUAUUAUGUCAAUGAGAGAAGGCCACUUAAGCGAGCCACUGCUUCCCUCAAAGCAUUCUUUUUUUAUCCGAGAAUCAAGGUCUGGUGUCAGACAUGCAAAUGUAUUACUAAGGGGAUCAGUUUUCCGAACCUUUAGCAUCAACUUUUUCACCUACGGUUUACCGGUCUCUCUGUAUGCUCUUUCUUUCUGGACUUUCCAUUUUGCAAGUAUCUGUGCAUUUGGAUUACUUGCGUAUGUCGGCUACAUUAUAUAUGCCUUCCCAUCCUUGUUUCGGUUGCACCGGUUAAAUGGGCUUCUUCUUGUCUUCAUUCUAUUGUGGGCUGUUAGCACAUACAUUUUCAACGUGGCAUUUGCAUUCCUGAACUGGAAACUCGGGAAGGACAUGGAGAUCUGGGAGUUGAUUGGGCUGUGGCAUUAUCCCAUUCCUGGAUUUUUCCUUCUUGCACAAUUUUGCCUGGGGAUUCUGGUAGCUCUGGGCAAUCUUGUGAGCAACUCUGUUUUCCUCUACCUGUCUGAGGAGGAUCGACAAUCUUCAUAUGACAACUGUACUGUUGAAGUAAAGGAAGAAACCAAGGUAUUGAUUGUGGCUACAAUUGCAUGGGGACUGCGUAAAUGCUCUCGAGCCAUUGAGUUGGUGUUGAUUUUUCUCAUUGCGAUGAAACCUGGUUUUGUCCAUGCUGUAUAUAUUAUAUUCUUUCUGAUAUAUCUUUUGAGCCACAACGUCAGUAAAAGGAUUCGCCAAUAUCUCGUUCUUCUUUGUGAAGCUCAUUUUGCAAUAUUAUACAUUCUUCAGAUUGAUCUGAUCUCCAAAUUUUUGGAGGCAAAGGGCUCCAUAAGCUUGGGAGUUCUCUCCCAGUUAGGUCUCCUUAAAUGCUACAGUUCAUGGGAUUUCUUGGAAAUAGCUUUGCUUGUGUGCUUAUGUGCAGUUCAUAACCAUGGUUUUGAAAUGCUAUUUUCAUUCUCAGCAAUAGUGCAGCAUGCCCCUUGUCUUCCAGUUGGAUUUAGCAUCUUGAAAGCUGGCUUGAAUAAAUCAGUUCUGUUGUCAGUUUAUGCCUCAUCAACCAUCACACAGAGUCAUAAUGAAUUUUCAUAUGAGAGAAAGAUAGCUUCAUACCUCAGUGCCAUAGGGCAGAAGUUUUUGUCUGUGUAUCGGUCAUUUGGGACCUACAUUGCUUUUUUGACUAUCCUUUUCACCAUAUACUUUGUCAGACCAAAUUAUGUGUCAUUUGGAUACAUUUUUCUUCUCCUAGUCUGGAUCACUGGAAGACAACUUGUCGAGAAGACAAAACGGCGCCUGUGGUUUCCACUGAAAGCAUAUGCAAUUUUGGUCUUCAUCUUCAUUUAUAGCUUGAGUAUAUUUCCCAGCUUUCAGAUGUGGCUGUCCAGGCAGAUAAAUCUUUCAAAGUUGGGCUACGAUACUGAAGCUUCUCUGUGGAAAAAUAUUUGGGAGUCUUUAGCAAUCAUGAUAGUAAUGCAACUCUACAGCUACGAGAGGAGACAGAGCAGGUAUACUGGAUUGGAUUAUCUUGAUCCAUUGCAAUAUGGCAUCCUUGGGUUUGUCAGGCGGCUUCUUAUUUGGCACAGUCAAAAGAUUUUGUUUGUUGCAUUAUUCUAUGCUGCUUUGUCGCCAAUAAGUGCAUUUGGACUUCUGUAUCUUCUUGGCCUUGUUCUAUGCUCCAAUUUACCUAAAGUAUCUCGAAUUCCAUCCAAAUCUUCCCUGGUUUACACAGGAUUUUUAAUGAUAACUGAGUAUCUGUUUCAAAUGUGGGGUAAAGCAGCUAAAAUGUUUCCAGGCCAGAAACACUACAAUAUAUCCACUUUUUUGGGUCUUCAGGUAUUUGGGCCAGGUUUUUGGGGCCUAGAAGCAGGCUUGAGGGGAAAAGUUUUGGUGAUUGCCGCUUGCACCCUUCAAUAUAAUGUCUUCCAUUGGUUGGAGAAGGUGCCAAGUAGUCUUCUAAAUGCAGGUAGAUGGGAAGAACCUUGCCCUUUGUUCUUCUCAGCAGAAGAUACCUUGCCAGUAAUUUCUAUUUUUAAUGGGGAAAUUAAGUCAUCAGCAGAUGCUAUUGUCACAAGCAAUUCUUGUCCAUCAUUCAGUUCCAGUUCAUCUCCAUCAUCUCACAAUGUGUCAUCUAAUACUGCACUUGCUCAAGCAAGUAGUAGUAGAAGAUAUUCAUUUGGCUAUGUCUGGGGAAGCUCAAAGGAGAGCCAAAAGUGGAACAAGAAGCGGAUUCAUGCCUUGAGGAAAGAGAGAUUUGAAACACAGAUGACUACCUUAAAAGUAUAUUUAAAGUUUUGGAUGGAGAAUGCAUUCAACCUCUUUGGACUUGAGAUUAACAUGAUUGCAUUGCUUCUUGCCAGUUUUGCUUUGUUGAAUGCUGUUUCUCUGUUAUAUAUUGCCUCACUUGCUGCUUGCAUUCUCUUGGAUAGGCGUAUUAUACGAAAAUUCUGGUCAAUAUUUGUCUUUGUCUUUGCUUCUGUUCUCAUCCUAGAAUACUUUGUUCUUUGGAGGACUCUUGUGCCAUUGAAUCACCGUGCUGCUGAUGACACUGACAUCCAUUGCCAUGAUUGCUGGAAAAGCUCAAAUUUAUAUUUUCAUUACUGCAGAAACUGUUGGCUGGGACUUACUGUUGAUGAUCAUCGAAUGCUUAUCAGCUAUUUUGUGGUCUUCAUGCUCGCUUGUUUCAAACUUCGUGCUGAUCAUGUUUCUCGAAUCUCUAUGUCAUAUACAUAUCGGCAAGUAAUGUCUCAACGCAAAAAUGCAUUUGUUUGGAGGGAUCUCUCCUUUGAGACAAAAAGCAUGUGGACUUUUCUUGACUACCUUAGGCUUUAUUGUUAUUGUCAUCUACUGGAUCUUGUGCUUGCUCUGAUUUUGGUAACAGGCACCCUUGAGUAUGACAUUCUGCACCUUGGAUAUCUUGGUUUUGCAUUAGUUUUCUUUCGAAUGAGACUCCAGAUUCUAAAGAGGAAGAACAAAAUCUUCAAAUUCCUACGAAUAUAUAACUUUGCUGUUAUUAUUCUUUCCCUGGCCUAUCAGUCUCCUUUUCUGGGGGAUUUCAGUGCUGGGAAGUGUGACACAGUAGAUUAUGUUUAUGAAGUGAUUGGAUUUUACAAAUAUGACUAUGGAUUUAGGAUUACUUCACGAUCGGCUCUGGUUGAGAUCAUCAUCUUUGUACUUGUUUCACUUCAGUCAUAUAUGUUCUCUUCACCCGAGUUUGAUUAUGUCUUCCGAUACCUAGAGGCAGAGCAAAUUGGUGCCAUUGUAAGUGAACAAGAGAAGAAAGCUGCAUGGAAAAAAGCACAGUUACAACAUAUUCGUGAAUGUGAGGAAAAUAAACGCCAGCGUAACUUGCAAGUGGAGAAAAUGAAAUCUGAGAUGCUCAACCUUCAAAUCCAGCUUCAUAGUAUGAACUCCACUGAAACUUGUGGCAACACUUCUCCUAGCAGUGGUGGCCUAAGAAGGAGGCGAGGCACUAUACAUUUCAGUAAAGAUGCUGGAGACUGUGAGAAAAAGGAAGAGCCUCCUGUGAAAUCGGAACUCGAUACAGAUGCCCACAUAUCAGUUUCACAAGAACUGCAUGAAUCUCCAAAUAGUGUAAAAACAGAGAGUCUGUUAGCGUUGGAGUCUACCAAGCACUUAGUGGAAUCACCUCAUUGUGAGAUCGUUGAGCUUGAAGAGGAUGCUGCUGAUAGUUUGCAUGACUUAGAUAAAGAAAAUAAAGUCAAAGGACCUGCAAAAGAAAAUCCCUUAAUUUCAGCAGUACAGCUAAUUGGAGAUGGUGUUUCCCAUGUACAAUCUUUCAGUAAUCAGGCAGUUACUAAUCUUGUCAACUUUUUGAACAUUUCUCAUGAAGAUUUGGAUGAGAAUGAGGUACAUGAUGACAAAGAGUCUGAAGCUAUGAGGAAUGUUCCUUUGGAUCGUUCUUCUUCUCUGCAGUCUGACAACAGUAGGACCAUGUCUGAUGCUGCAAGCCUGCAGAUUGGGAGGAUCUUCCAUCAUGUGUGGUUGCAGAUGCGCUCCAAUAAUGAUGUUGUGUGUUAUUGUUGCUUUGUUCUUAUCUUCCUAUGGAAUUUCAGUUUGCUUUCCAUGGUGUAUCUUGCAGCUUUAUUCUUGUACGCUUUGUGUGUAAAUACUGGUCCGAGUUACAUCUUUUGGGUUAUUAUUUUAAUAUACACAGAAGUCUAUAUCUUGCUUCAGUAUCUGUAUCAAAUCAUCAUCCAACACUGUGGCUUGGAGAUCCAGUCAAGCCUUCUUUAUGAGUUGGGCUUUCCUACCAAUAAAAUCUCAUCUUCAUUUGUUAUCAACAUUUGGCCUCUGUUUCUAGUGUACUUGCUUACACUCAUACAGAGCUCUAUAACUGCAAAAGAUGGUGAAUGGGCUUCCUCAACAGAAUAUGAUAUUUCUGAAAGGAGAGUUCUUUUUCAAAAAGAGGCUCUUUGGAACUCUAGCUGGAGACGAAGGGCAUGGGAGCUGCUCCAACCGAUAAUACAUGUAGUGAAAAUGACAGUUAGAAGUUUUUCCAUCUUCUGGAAAUCACUGACACAAGGAGCAGAAUCUCCUCCAUACUUCAUCCAGUUGUCCUUGGAUAUCCAUGUGUGGCCAGAGGAUGGGAUUCAACCGGAGAGGAUUGAGUCUAGAAUAAAUGAAUUGCUUAGAAUUGUGCAUGAUGAGAGGUGUAAGGAGAAUGACCCUAAUAUUAGCCAUUCUGCUAGUAGGGUUCACGUUCAAAGCAUUGAAAAAAGCACAGAAAACUCAAAUGUGGCCUUGGCUGUUCUUGAGGUUUUUUAUGCAUCCCCAUUAACGGAAUGUACAUCGGCUGAAUGGUACAAGUCACUAAGUCCAGCAGCUGAUGUAGCAGAGGAGAUUCUUCAUGCACAACGUGCAGGCAUUGUUGAAGAAGUUGGAUUUCCAUAUCCUAUACUCUCUGUAAUUGGAGGUGGUAAAAGAGAACUUGAUCUGUAUGCCUACAUGUUUGGUGCAGAUUUAGCUGUUUUCUUUCUGGUUGCCAUUUUCUACCAUUCCGUCAUAGAAAAUAAGAGUGAAUUUCUGGAGGUAUAUCAGCUUGAAGAUCAAUUCCCAAAGGAGUUUGUAUUUAUUCUAAUGAUUAUCUUCUUCUUGAUAGUGCUUGAUCGCAUUAUUUACCUGUGCUCAUUUGCCACAGGAAAAGUUAUCUUCUAUAUUUUCAACCUCAUACUCUUUACAUAUUCAGUAACAGAGUAUGCUUGGAAUAUGAAAUCUUCACAUCGGCAAGCUGGAAGAUUGGCACUUCGUGCUAUUUAUCUAACAAAAGCAGCUUCUCUGGCACUGCAAGCCAUACAGAUCAGAUAUGGGGUUCCUCAUAAAAGUACCCUGUAUCGUCAGUUUCUUACCAGUAAAGUUUCACGUGUUAAUUAUAUAGGCUACCGGAUCUAUCGUGCUCUGCCAUUCCUUUAUGAGUUGCGCUGUGUACUUGACUGGUCUUGCACAACAACAUCUUUAACAAUGUACGACUGGCUGAAGUUGGAAGAUAUAAAUGCAAGCUUGUACCUUGUGAAAUGCGAUGCAAUCUUGAAUAGAGCGAGACACAUACAAGGAGAGAAGCAAACAAAGAUGACUAAAUUCUGCAAUGGGAUAUGUUUGUUCUUCAUAUUAAUCUGCAUCAUCUGGGCUCCUAUGCUGAUGUACAGCAGUGGUAACCCAACAAACAUAGCAAACCCCAUCAAGGAUGCCAGCGUUCAACUUGACAUUAAGACAACAGGUGGAAAGUUGACCUUGUUCCAGACAACUUUGUGUGAAGGAAUUGCAUGGAAUAACCUCAACCCACUUGUUAAUCUUGAUCCUCAUGGUUAUUUGAAUGCAUAUGAUGAGAAUGACAUCCAGCUUAUAUGCUGCCAACCUGAUGCUAGUACUUUGUGGCUUGUCCCUGAUGUGGUUCUUAGCAGAUUUGUUCAGUCCAUUGACGAUCAAAUGGAUGUCAUUUUUACUUGGAUACUAACAAGGGAUAGACCAAAAGGCAAGGAACUUGUGAAGUAUGAAACUAGUGUUGAUGGCCCAAACCUUCCAGACCCUUCAGACAUUCAGGCAGUGCUCAAGGGUUCUGGCAAUAGCUUUAGGAUAAAUAAUACAUACUCAAGAUUCUUUCGGGUUACUGGGUCAGGUGAAGUCAGAUCUUUUGAGCCCGAGGAAAAUGAAGUUUGUGCUGAUCUUGUGAUACAUCAUGGAAGUCCUGAAUGGUGGUCCUUCCAUGAUGUGAAUCCAUUGGAUGUAAGUGGAUGUGGAGGUUCCGCAGGACCAAUGGCCAUCAUUGUAACUGAGGAAUCACCACAGGGCCUUAUCGGGGAGACUCUUAGCAAAUUCAGCAUCUGGGGCCUCUACAUUACCUUUGUUCUUGCAGUAGGUCGGUUUAUCAGACUUCAAUGUUCUGACCUAAGAAUGAGAAUCCCUUAUGAGAAUCUUCCUUCUUGUGAUAGGUUGAUUGCCAUAUGCGAGGAUAUAUAUGCUGCAAGAGCAGAGGGUGAGCUUGGAGUGGAGGAGGUCCUCUACUGGACGCUCAUAAAAAUUUACAGGUCGCCACACAUGCUGCUCGAGUAUACCAAACUCGACUAGGUUCUGCAACCCAAAUGCAACCUCAGGCUUCAACUUGACAGGAUUACGACUGACUUUAGGCCGAUUAGCAUCCAGUUACUGUGAAUAGAACUUGAUCUCACACUAACUCUUUGUUGUCUUUUGGUCUGGGAAGCUCUCCAAAAGUGUACCGAGCUUUCAACAAUAGGAUGGUUGUGGCUUUCCCGUUUAGUGUGUUUUGAAGGUGUACACAAGAGAAAAACCGUAUCCUGCUGCUUGUCCUUCAUUAGAGCAUCAUCAUCUUUUAGACUGUAGGAGAGUGUAUGUAUAAUCUUCAGCUGGCAGGUGAGGCUACCAGGGAUCAUCAUGUAAAGAUAAAGAUGGUAACAAUGCAAUGUAAGCAGUUUCCUUAUUCUUGGGAUUUUUCC